AGGACCUAAGGGCUUGAGAGACAGGAGAAGCCCCCAGUUGUUUCUCCCCAACCUCAAAGCUUGCCCAAUAGCCUAAACCUUGGCCCAGGAACACAGUCAUGCGGAGCCCAGAAUAGCUCCUGCUGGAUGCGUGGCCAGGUCAGGCUCAGAGCGUGGGACACAGGGGCCUUCUGCCUCUGUCUGUAUUUCCCUGCUGCUCUCUCUCUGCCUUUGGCAUAUACCUCUCCUCCUCCCCACUCCCCUCUGCCCGCCCACAUGCUCAUGAGUUGGACUCCAGAAGAGUGCAAGGGGCAGGGAGAGCCCCUCGAUGACAGACACCCCCUCUGUGCCAGGCUGGUGGAGAAGCCCAGUAGAGGGUCUGAGGAGCACCCCAAGUCUGGCCUGGGACCCAUCGUCACCCGCACGGCCUCAGGACCUGCCCUUGCCUUCUGGCAGGCAGUGCUGGCUGGGGAUGAGGGCUGCGUCUCCCGCAUCCUCGCGGAUUCCAGUACUGGCCUGGCUCCUGAUUCCGUCUUUGAUACCAGCGACCCAGAGCGAUGGAGGGAUUUCCGCUUCAACAUCCGUGCUCUGAGACUGUGGUCUCUGACAUACGAAGAGGAGCUGACCACCCCACUGCAUGUGGCGGCCAGUCGUGGCCACACCGAAGUCCUGCGGCUGCUGCUGAGGCGGCGAGCAAGGCCAGACAGUGCCCCUGGGGGCCGCACCGCCCUGCACGAGGCCUGUGCUGCAGGCCACACUGCCUGUGUUCAUGUGCUGCUGGUGGCAGGAGCCGACCCCAACAUCGCUGACCAGGAUGGGAAACGCCCCCUGCAUCUCUGCCGGGGGCCUGGCGCCCUUGAGUGUGCGGAGCUGCUCCUGAGGUUUGGAGCAAGAGUGGAUGGUCGGUCCGAGGAGGAAGAGGAGACCCCUUUGCAUGUGGCUGCCCAGCUUGGCCAUGUGGAGCUGGCAGAUCUGCUUCUAAGACGGGGGGCAUGUCCUGAUGCCCGUGAUGCCGAAGGCUGGACCCCACUGCUGGCUGCCUGUGACAUCCGCUGCCAGUCCACUGUCGAUGCCGAGGCCACCACGGCCCGCUGCCUGCAGCUGUGCAGCUUGCUGCUUUCAGCUGGAGCAGACGCUGAUGCUGCCGACCGGGACAAGCAUCGACCCCUGCACCUGGCCUGUCGCCGUGGCCAUGCAGCUGUCGUGGAGCUGCUCCUGUCCUGUGGCGUCAGCGCCAACGCCAUGGACUAUGGGGGACACACACCCCUGCACUGUGCUCUGCAGGGCCCAGCUGCAGCCCUGGCCCAGAGCCCCGAGCACGUGGUUCGGGCUCUGCUCAACCACGGUGCUGUCCGUGUCUGGCCAGGGGCCCUCCCCAAGAAACAUGAGCGUUUCUACUCCUCCCUUUUCGCCUUGGUGAGGCAGCCCAGGUCGCUGCAGCAUCUGAGCCGCUGUGCGCUCCGCUCCCACCUGGAGGGCAGCCUGCCCCACGCGCUGCCCCGCCUCCCCCUGCCACCGCGCCUGCUCCGCUACCUGCAGCUGGAUUUUGAGGGCGUGCUCUACUAGAUGUCCACGGCCUUUUGAGAGGGCCUGAAAGCAGACGCCCCAGCCUGCAGAGGGCGCGCCUCUGCACUAACUCAGGCCAGGUAGCCUAGCAGCAGGAGGCCCAGCUGCGCAGGCAGGUGUGGAUGCUGCAAUUCCCAAUGCAGAGAAGCGGACUGACACCCACAGCCAGAUGAUGUCUGAUGAAGACACACUCCUGUUGGGGCUCUCCUGGGGCCCCCUUCUAGCCUGUGCAAACCCUGUACGUGCAUUAAAAAUCUUCAGGUCUGUUUCGGUACUGUCUCCAGCAGACCUUCCUCUGAACUUGCUCCCUUGCCGGGGAGUUGGGAUGGGCGGACUGACAGGGGCUCCCUGCGUGCCCCAUGGGGCCAGCUGCAUCACCUUCCCCUUUGGCAUCAGCCAGCUGCUAAGAGGUCCCAGGCUUGCCAGCUCCAUGA